GGCUCCUCUUUCUGUUAUCUCGGUUGUGAACUUGGACACAGUUACCGUCAUCUUGGAGGAAGCAAUGACUGAUCUCAGUGAAAGGAGAAUAUUUUGCUGAAGCACGCACUGUCAGUGAACCUUGUCGACCAAGAUGGCGCUCUCUGGAUGGAUUUGUCUGGUAACCGGUGCCUCCAGAGGUAUUGGGAGAGGAAUUGCUUUGCAAUUGUCCGAGGCGGGAGCCACAGUGUACAUCACAGGUCGUCAAGAGAGCACUCUGAAGCACACAGCAGGAGAGGUCAAGGAAAGGGGGGGUGAUUGCAUACCAGUGGUGUGUGAUUCAUCCAAAGAAGAUGAAAUCGCAGCACUCUUCGAAAGGAUAAAGAAAGAACAAAAUGGCCGGCUUGACAUCUUGGUAAACAAUGCCUAUGCUGGAGUACAGGCUAUAUUUGACAACAUGGGAAAGAAGUUCUGGGAGACUGAUCCGUCAAUUUGGGAUGAUAUUAACAAUGUUGGACUGAGGGGCCACUACUUUUGCACAGUUCACGCUGCCAGACUGAUGGUGGAACAGGGACAGGGUUUAAUCGUUAUGAUCUCUUCCAUGGGUGGACUGCGUUACCUCUUCAAUGUGGCCUAUGGAGUUGGCAAGGCUGCUUGCGACCGACUUGCGGCAGACACUGCUGUGGAGCUUAAGAAGAGGGGGGUGGUGUCUGUAAGCCUGUGGCCCGGCGCGGUUCAGACUGAACUCCUCUCAAAGCUGGUCGUUCAAAAAGACAUAACUGCCACAGGAAUUGAUGUGAAGUUCAAAGACGUGUUUGCAAAUGGGGAGACUACAGAGUUGAGUGGGAGAUGCAUUGUUGAGCUGGCCAAAGAUAAGCACUUGACUUCUCUCACUGGGAAAGUCCUGAUGACAUGUGACCUGGCGAGACGUUAUGGAUUUCAGGAUGUUGAUGGACGCAGUGUGGCAGACUACACAUCCUUGAAGUUCAUGAUCUCACAGGUGCCUUACCUGUCCUGGCUCUCAGCCAUUACUCCGUCAUUCCUGCGUGUGCCUCGAUUUAUGCUCACGCUUUCUGGUGGACACUUCUAGAAGUCUUCAUUAGAGUAAGAGUGUGCAGCGCACAUCCCACCUCGCUGAUGCCAAGUGCCGGACAAAGGGGGUUCUGACAGUAGAAAGAGUAGAAGUCUGCACACUGUAGCUCCGCUUUGAAGGUUUAUUCAGCUCCUACAACGUUUUGACCCAACAGGGUCUUCAUCAGGCAUCAUCACGUCGAAACAUUGUAUGACCUGAAUAAACCUUGAAAGCGGAGCUACGGUGUGUGGACUUCUACUCCUUCUAUGGAAACUUCUUAGAGGACACGAGGGGCUGUGGAGCCAUUCACUGCAGUAGUCAUGAUGAAGUAGUACCCUUCCUAUUUUUUAUGUACCCCGCCCUUUCUCCCUCCUACAUAACACUAUGCACAUCAGAUGAAGGCUCAUGAUUGGGAAGAUGUCUGCCAGAUUCUUAUUCAUUCAUGACAUGUCAUCCAAAAGAAUUAAGCUGUAAAGCAACUGGAUUCCUUUUGGCAGCUUGAAGACCUGUCCUCUUUUGCCCUGUCUCCAAUAGCUGGACCAGACCAUAACUGAAUAGAGGGGGAGGGGGGAAAAAAAACCCCAGAAACUCUCCAAGCUUCAUAAAGAAGUCCAGUUGUUACCACCUCUUUUGGAUGUAAUUUGGGAAAUGAAGUAUGUUUUUUUUUGUGUGGUUAAAAUAAUGCAUUAUAUUACAAAUGUAAACUCUUAACUUCAAACUGUUAUGUAACGUACUUCAAAUAACUAUGUAUAUUGGUGAAGCAUACUCAACAUUAAUUGUAACAUUUUUCAUUAAACAUUUAACUUUUUUCUAUUAAAACAACUAUUCAUGAUGAAGUGAACUAUUUUCAUCUGUACACCUAUUAUGUAAAAAUAAAAGUGUUAUUCUCUUACCAAAAU